GGAGAGGGGUGACGCAUGCCCGGUCUGUGUCACAUGAGCUGCAUGCCUUUUCAUAGCAUCCGUGGUAUAUGGAAUCCACCAGCUCCUCUCCCUGUGGCCUCCUUUCUCCAACUUAGGUUCUUCUGGUCCCAUACAGCAGGUGACCAGGCAGCCACUCAGCCCCGUGACUCCUGUGCCCAUCAGCCCAAGCGUAGGUUCUCUGAGCUUCCUUGCCCGCCGCUUUACAAGGCAGUAGUUGCCUCCUGUGCCCUGGCUCAACAGACGUGGAGGCGAGCCCGGCACAGCUCAGCGCUUGCACCCUUCGCUGAAGCUCACACAUUUCUUUCUGCCCCCUCCCUGUCACCAGAGCACCCCAGACACGCCCACAAACAGGAUAAACCUGCAGAACGGCAUCCUCGCCUGCCAGAAGACGACGAAGGAAAAAAUACCCCUGGUAUCUGCAAGGUUCCUGCCUUUUCUGUCAGUGGGGAACGCAAAGGUAUCUCAGUAACAAAGAAGACGCAUACAUCUCAAAUUGAAAUUAUUCCAUGCAAGAUCUGUGGAGACAAAUCAUCAGGGAUCCAUUAUGGUGUCAUUACAUGUGAAGGCUGCAAGGGCUUUUUCAGGAGAAGUCAGCAAAGCAAUGCCACCUACUCCUGUCCUCGUCAGAAGAACUGUUUGAUUGAUCGAACCAGUAGAAACCGCUGCCAACACUGUCGAUUACAGAAAUGUCUUGCCGUGGGGAUGUCUCGAGAUGCUGUAAAAUUUGGCCGCAUGUCGAAAAAGCAGAGAGACAGCUUGUAUGCAGAAGUUCAGAAGCACCGGAUGCAGCAGCAGCAGCGCGACCACCAGCAGCAGCCCGGGGAGGCCGAGCCGCUGACUCCCACCUACAACCUCUCGGCCAACGGGCUGACGGAGCUUCACGAUGACCUGAGCAACUACAUCGACGGGCACACCCCUGAGGGCAGCAAGGCAGACUCUGCCGUCAGCAGCUUCUACCUGGACAUACAGCCCUCCCCGGACCAGUCGGGUCUUGAUAUCAAUGGAAUCAAGCCAGAACCAAUAUGUGACUAUGCACCAGCAUCCGGCUUCUUUCCCUACUGUUCCUUCACCAACGGAGAGACCUCCCCAACUGUGUCCAUGGCAGAACUAGAACACCUUGCACAGAAUAUAUCGAAAUCACACCUGGAAACGUGCCAAUACUUGAGAGAAGAGCUCCAGCAGAUAACGUGGCAGACCUUUCUGCAGGAGGAGAUUGAGAACUAUCAAAACAAGCAGCGGGAGGUGAUGUGGCAAUUGUGUGCCAUCAAAAUUACAGAAGCGAUACAGUACGUGGUGGAGUUUGCCAAACGCAUUGAUGGAUUUAUGGAACUGUGUCAGAACGAUCAAAUUGUGCUUCUCAAAGCAGGCUCUCUGGAGGUGGUGUUUAUCAGAAUGUGCCGUGCCUUUGACUCUCAGAACAACACCGUGUACUUUGACGGGAAAUAUGCCAGCCCCGAUGUCUUCAAGUCUUUAGGUUGUGAAGACUUUAUUAGCUUUGUAUUUGAAUUUGGAAAGAGUUUAUGUUCUAUGCACCUGACUGAAGAUGAAAUUGCAUUAUUUUCUGCAUUUGUCCUGAUGUCAGCAGAUCGCUCAUGGCUGCAGGAAAAGGUAAAAAUUGAAAAACUGCAACAGAAAAUUCAGCUAGCUCUUCAGCACGUCCUACAGAAGAAUCACCGAGAAGACGGAAUACUAACAAAGUUAAUAUGCAAGGUGUCUACGUUAAGAGCCUUAUGUGGACGACACACAGAAAAGCUAAUGGCGUUUAAAGCAAUAUACCCAGACAUUGUGCGACUUCACUUUCCUCCGUUAUACAAGGAGUUGUUCACUUCAGAAUUUGAGCCAGCCAUGCAGAUCGAUGGGUAAAUGUAUCACCUAAGCACUUCUAGAAUGUCUGAAGUACAAACAAUGAAAAGCAAACCCACCAACAAACAAAUUAACCGAGACACUUUACAUGGCCCUGCACAGACCUGGAGCGCCAACACAUUGCACAUCCUUUGGUGAUCGGGGUCAGGCAAAGGAGGGGAAACAAUGAAAACAAAUAAAAGUUGAACUUGUUUUUCUCAUGCAUAUGAUUUCCAUUAUGCCUACAGAUAUGGACCCUUUUUCUGUCUUGACUUCUUGAUCGUUGACCUCUGUUUACAACAGAAGGCGGGUACUAAAGUUGGAGGAUGUCUUUUUCUCGUAGCUCACUGCCCACAGACUUUCUACAGAGUCACCAGUCUGUCCUAACAGCAGAGAGUCCAGCACUAAUCGGUGACUGGCAUGCAUAGCGGAGGUGGCAGCAUAACUUUGCACAACUUGCUCUUUGUCUCAUGAAGGAAGUUUUUAUUUUUUUCACCGAUUAUUGCCAGUCAGCAGGAUGGCACGAAAAGGGUCCAUAGCACUAGCAACAAAUAGCAUUAUAAUAUAUUACAGGGUAAAUGGGCAUGAAGACUAUAUAUAGCUAAAAGAGAUAUUGUUUAUAUAUUGUUUUAAUUAAUAUAAAAUGUAGUUACUGGUGUAGCUUUUCCUGUUGAAUUGAUAAGGCACUUUCAUUUUGCACCUUUUUUCUUUAAAUUAAAUGCUAGCGUGUUCACUGUUGUGUCGCAUGUGCACCAGAAACACAAGUUUAACUGAGAAGGCUUGGAAGGUACGUCGGGAGGUUUUUAUGCUGCUGUUUACACAAUGACUUUUAAAGGACUGGCUGGUCAUAUCUAGAAAUCACGCUGUUGGAUUUUUUUUUUUAAGAUAGGAAUUUGGACUUAGAGCUCUCCCUAAAUUGUACUUUGCUUUUUGGGAAGUUUAGGGAUAGAUGUGUUUACGCUUCAUACAAAGUUGAAGGAUGGAUCAGUGCCGGGGAUUUACGCCCUCACGCACAUUAUUUUUUUAAAAGCUUUUUAAAAUGCCGCCUCGUGGUGGCCGGGGAGGAGAGGCUCAUUUUGCACCAUUCAGUAGUUACACAGGCUCAGUCUCAACUUGGAAUUCUUAUGCUUUGAGAUCAGAUUAGUAACCAGAAUAUUUAUCGGAAUCUAGCUUUUCUUAGAAGAAAGACCCAAAGAUUAUGUCAGGAGCAAGUGCACACUCCCCACGUGAAGACAUGAAGCAUUUACUUGUGAAUGUUCAUGGUCUUGGUAUAAUCCAGAAACCCUGAGAGUUUAUCUCAGAGCGGACUAUUGCUAGACUGACCGCCUCUCGAUGGGAUAAUUCUGGAAUACCGCUCUCCAUAUUUCACGGCCAGUGGAGAGGGAGACAAUGGAGGCCUAUGAUGUUGAACCAGUUUCUCUUAUUUAAAUAUCAGAUAUCUUAAACCUUUAAAGUGAAGUUGAUGCAAGCUGCAAACAUUUACUUUUAUAUUUAUCUUCACUAGAAAACUGUGGACUGUAAUUUAUUUUAUUAAAUAUUUAGAAGAUUGUUUGGCUUUUGUGUUCAGGUAAGAAAUAUCGAGUUGUUUUUGUUUAAUUUCGUGGGUUUAGUUUUUUUUUUUAAACAAUUCCCAGUGGGGAAAUGGAGAAGAAACAGUCUGAUAGACAAGUGUGCAUAUUUUAAAAAUAAGUGACCUUCAGGAACGUAGGCGUUUCGAUGAUGGUUUUAGUCACCCUUGGGGUGGGAUUCAAACUUCUGGUCUGACAUCAAAGACCAUGUUUGUACAGAAAAGAGACCACCUUCCCGUAAAGGUGGGAGUUUGCAAGCAGCCCUUUACAGGGAAGGAAGUGUCUCCUCUCCCGCCAGGGUCCCUCCUGAAUCUUCCCGCAGGAAUUCAACUCCUGACGCUGUACUGGGUCCCCAAGUACGGGCGUCCCAGAGCCCUCGCUCUGCGUUUAACUCCACUGACUUUCUGAAUUGUUUCCUGAGGGCCUUGGGAAAGGGGAAGGGAGUGUUCACACAGAAAUGUGUAUGAAGCCUAAAUAACAUCUAAAAACAAUUUUUUUUUCAAAAAUAUAGUAAGAGUUUAACCAGAAAUAGAAGAUGAGGGUAAUAUUUACUUAAACUUCUUACAAGCGUGUAAAACUUUAUGUGAGUGUUUAUAUAGAGAGGUAGCUAUCAGCAUAUAGUAUUUAUAUUUGGGCAAGAAGGGUUGAAUCAGAUUUUUAAUUUAAAUAAGCGUAGUUCCUAUAAAGAUCAAUAGUAUUUAUACUCUGCAAAGAGUACCAAGUUUAGUUCAGUUAUUUAUUUCUCCAUUUUUUUACCCCUGUUGUUUCUCCUUUGUGGGGGAAAUGGUGUGUUUCUAUUUUGGUUUUCUUUUGUUUUUUGUUUUUGUUUGUCAUUCUGACUCACUAAAUUGGGGGAUGGUUUUAUUAAAGUAUAUUAACUUCUUUUUAACCAAAGCUUUCUGAAUAUGACCAGCCUCAGGUGCUAGCUAGCGCAUUAAAGAGCAACUAAACCUAAUUCCAGUGUCCACUUGUGAAAUGAUGAGCGCUGAUUGAACUUCUCUAAGGGUGAGAGAGAACGCAAUGUUGAUCUUAAAUUUUCCCAGAAAGGAUUUUGCAUGUACCCAAUGCAAAAAAAAAAAAAAAAAAAAGAUGCUCUAAUCUCAGUAAUAGUCACACCAUGGUGACAUUGCUUUUGGAGUAAACCAAGAUACGUUGACAUGAUGCUGCUACUAGGUCUUCCGGAAAGAAAAACAGGGUGUGGACUUUGAGAGCAAAGUACAUCGACAGUGUAGGGACAGAAUAAUAGAGGCGGGCUUGGUGAAACGUGGGAACAACUGGUAUUUGGAACGAGGUUGGGAUCUGAAGUUAAACAACAAUUUCGGUUGAAAAAAUUAUGAAGUACAGAAAAGGAUGUGAAAACCUUUGUAUUUUUAUUUUCUUAUUAUAGAAACACCUCUGUGAUGACACAAACUACUUGGCGAUACAGAACAAUUGUUCUUAAUAGUUCUUAUAAUUAAAACUGCCUAAACUUAGAUGUCCGAUAGGCUUUUAAAGAUUGGAAUCACAUCAUUGUUAUUCCGGCUACUAUAAUGCCUUUUAUACAAAUUUUUUUACAUAGGGUAAAUAAGGCUUUUAUAUAAAGCCUGCAUACCUUCAGUUACAAUGGUAUCCAGAUGGUUGCGUUAUAUUGUGAAGAACCUGGCCUUGGUCACAAUGAAAACAAAAGUGCAGAAGAAAGUGCUUUUGGGGACAGUUUGCAAAUUGUGGUAAAGCUCUGGUUUUUUUUUUUUUUAAGUGUUCAGCAUCCUAAUUUGCGUUAAAGCUAUGGAUUUUUAUUUUUUCAGUCUUCAGCAUCCUAAUUCACCCUUUCUAACUUAAGGAAAACAUGACUUAAGACACUGCUUCUAAGUUUGGUUGUUCUUUAUAGUGUGGAUACUCAGAUCUCUGAGCGUAUGGGGGUGGGCUGAGGGUCAGGUGAGGAGGGAGUGUGCGUGCGUGUGUGUGGUUUUCAUGUGUAUGAUGGUGUGUGUGUGUGUCGGACCGCUUCUAGGCUACUAAGUGUCAAUGGAAAAGAAAAUGUAUUCAAAAUACUUAAAUCAAGACUAGAAGAUGGGAAAAAAAAAGAUUUAUUCUAUACAAAGCCUUGUCUGGACCACUUUAGAGAGACUUCUAUUUUUUUAACCCUUCUAUAAAUAUUUGAUGGCACUUGAAAUAUUCCUGCAAUAAAAUGUGAUUUGUGUAAAGAAAAAAAAAACAGAUUUUGUAAUGUGAAACAAAGAAAGAAAGUAAUGUAAUUUUCUAAAAAAAAAAAUACAAACAAACAAACUUUGUAUUAUUUUCUUGAUGGAAUUUGUCUAUCUGUCUUUGGAAAACUUUUUAUUUCAUUGAAUGUGCCAUAGUCGAAGUAUGUGUUUUUCGUUUUAGACUAAAGGAAUCGCUGUUUGUGUUCCGACAUUCCAAAAUGCAAAGCACCCUAGUAGAAUCUUUGAUGAAAAGGUUUAAGUAGGAUGUAAGCUUCUCUCCUUGUUGCUUUUUUGCACAUGUCCUUCAUUCCUCUCUAGUGCAAUAUGUACAUAGAGCACUUGCGGGUGUACCUUGAUCCCUCAGGGAAAAAUACAUAUUUGUACAGUUUUUUUUUUUUUUUGGUUUGGUUUUUGUUUGAUUUUGUUGGGGGUUUUUUUUGUUUUGUUUUGGUUUGGUUUGGUUUGGUUUCCUUUUGUUUUUGGCUAAGGAAUGUCGAUUGAAUCACUUGUAAUUGUUGAGGGGCAGCCAGAUAAUAAUCCUAAAGCCACUGUUUCCAACAUUGAUUGUUUAAAUCAUGUGUCCUUCCAGUGCUAUGAAGAUUAAUAAUAAUAAAAAGUUAUUUUCUGACAGUUCUUUGUGCUGAUUGGUGAAAAAAAGAAAGGGUAAAUAAGCACCUUAUGAUUGACUUACUGUGAAUGACAAUCCAUCUUGAGAUCAACACUAGAAGCCCUAUCAUUUUGGAGUUGGGGUUAAGAGUCAGAAACAAUGUGCUCAGGGAUCUUCUAAAACUCUUAAAAACAGGGUGGCCAGUACUACUGGGACAAAAUUGUGUUUUUUAUUGUUAAUAAUAAUGAUAAUACUAUCCCUCCAAGGCACAAAUGAACUGUGUAGAGCUGUGUGUGUGUAGUGUGUGUGUAAACUAUUCACUAUUGUCUCGUUUUGUUCAGUUCAAAAUGUAUAUGUUCUUCAGUCUUGUGUGCUUAAAAACACUGAGUAACUUCCAAAGCAGUACAAGGCGAUGCCAGCAUGUUCAAAAGAUAAACUAAUAGAUAAUAUACCUACAGAGACUUCAAAGUACGGUCCUGCAUACUCCACUUACUAUUUCUCUACUAAUUAAAAUAUUCAUGAUAAAUAUACUUACAGCAUUAUAUAUUAAAAACUACUUCAAAUUCUACAUAACAUGGAUAAAAAUUUUAAAAGCCAGUAAUGAGAUGAGAGCCCUGCCCAUCAGUGAAAUGAGAGAGGGAAAAGGUGAAACUUUUCUUUUCCCCAAAUACCAGCAAAUAAUUCCUUUUUUCACAAUGUUCUCCUCUAGAAACAAACCAAAAACUCCCUUUAUGUCACACAAUUCUUCUACAUUUGUAGUUUUUAUCUGUUGAAUUAAUACAAGAUUUAAUGUUUAAAGACAUGCAGGACUCACAUGAGCCAGCUUUUAGUGUUAUAUUUUACAUUUUUUUGAAAUAUUUUGAAAGUACUAUUUCCAUAUAUUACUUUCCGUAAGGUUAGUGAAUCUCAGUUGGCUUUGAUUCUUCCACACCUGGAAUAUACAUUCAGAAGAAGCUUUACAGUUUUCUUACUACCACUGAAGAGCAUAAUCUGGAAUAACUUUCCAUGCCGUUUAGCUAAAAAAGUAAACCUUUACCUUAUUGUUUUUGACAAUAAAGACUAUGGAAAAUGGCCGAUAUCUCUCUCUCCCUCUCCCCACACAUGUAUAUGCAUACACACACAGAGGUUGUUGACAUGUUUACCUAUUGUAACAUUUUGUUGCCACUUCUUUCUUAUAAAGAUACGACACAGCAGAAGCCCACAGAAGCAACUUUAUAUUAUGGAUUAGAUAGUAUGCCCAGAAAUUCAAGGGCAACAGUGAAUCAUCUCUUGCCAAGAGUCUACAAUACAGGUCUUCACUGCAUUCUCAGAACACUAGUAUUAUUAAAGAGGUUCCACCAAAUAUGAUUAAAGAGACCUUCCUUUUAUUGUUUAUUCUUAAGAAAUUAGAAGGCUGGCAAGCAAUGGCUUUACAAAGCAGCUGGUUUCACUUCUGGGUCUGUUUGCUUGUUCGGAUAAGUAAGAUCAUUUUUGUCUGGCUCUCAGAACAAUUUCUGAAAUAAUCCAGAAGCCUGGCUUCAUAUCACAGAAACAUCAUAAAUGGGGGAGACUCCAUGUUGAACCAGACCCUCAGAACUUAGAGCAAUAAACACAUUCAGUCAUUUUAUUUAUUUAUUUAUAAAUGAAUGACAGAACAUUCAAUCCAAAUAGGAACGAUGUUUUUUUCAGCGAUGCAACUUGACAUGGAGUCUUGUGUUAAGAAAAUGAACAUGAGGUUUUAAGUAGAUGCCUAGAAAAUCUAUGUUGGCUGUUUAGUCUAUUUGCCACCUUAGUGAUAUGACUCAUCUUUUUCUUUUUUCUUUCUGAGAACUGACGAAAGAUGGCUUGCUAUUAGCUUUGACACGCUGCACGUGCCAUUAUGUUGUUCUCCAAGAGCAAUUUAAUUCUCUCCUGUGUUUGUGUGCGAUUCCUUUCUCACUCAUUAUUACUUUGAUGUGGAUGAAUACUGUUUCUAGGAACUUGGUUAUCAUUGAACAGAUUGCAUAUGUAAAUGCAGAUAAUUCUUGAGCAAUAUAGUGAAUAUGAUUUCACACACAAAAAAAUAAAAUCCGUAUGUACUGUACACAUCUUCCUGAAUCCAAAAUUCUCUUCUUAUCUAUGAUGGUUUGAAAUUUCAUAUACAACAGUGGUAAAUCUUUAAACAUUAGGACAUUAGCUGGCUGCUUCUUUAAAUGUUCCUGUAUUGUCCGCCUGCUCCUUUUGUGGAGAUGUGUUUUUGUAUUGGAUGUUUGGGCCAAUGGGAGGCUUCAAGCUACAACAUAUUUUCCCAGUUUAAAUAUAUUUAACAUAUGACAAACCCCAGACAAGGCUUUUAAUAUGUAUAAAGAACUGCAGUGUUAGGUGGUUUAUUUGCAAACCGUUUUCAAUGUUGUCCAUUUUUAUGGCACCUUUAACAAUAUUCUUGUUUCCAAAGUACAAAAAAAAAUAGGUUAAAUAAUCUAGCCAUAACUGAAUGUCAAGCAAUAAAACAUGACUUUUGUGCAUAGACUUAAAAAAAUACAAAUUUUAGACAUCUGCAUGUAAAUGCAAUCUCUUGUUUACUGCUUUCUUCAACUUGAGCAAUUGAUUCCUUAUUUACUAUUAACUUAAGAACUUGUAAUGGCCUGUAAACAUUUUCUCUCUUACUCUUCUUUCAAAUUUACCUUCGUCCCUGCUUUUGAGUCAUAAUAUUUAAUGUUGUUCUGCACAUCUCUAUACAGUUAACUUUUUGGCUUUCAUUCUGUAUAGAUAAGAAAAUGUUAUAUUAUAAACAGCCUACUCAGUGCAAAUAUUUAUCUGUUUAUCAAAUCCACAAUAUGCUGUAUAAUACUGGUUUUACUAUAUAAUCUAUUUUAGACAUAGCUGUUUAGAACUAGAGUGUGCUAUUUUUGUGUUUUUCUGAUGUGUGGUGCUAGAUAAGUUACUUUUGUGAA